AGGAGAGCGGCUGCUCCCGUUUCUAUUUUCUCCUCCGUCUGCUUCUGCAGCUGCUCCUCGUCACUCAGCCUGAAGGUCGGAGGAGAAAGGCCUCGGGUUUUUCCUGCCAGGCGGUCAUGGAGCUCCGACGCUCCGCUUUGGUCUCCGUUCUUCUGCUCUCGCUCUUCUCAACCGAGUGUUUGUGCAGGAACGAGGAGGAGCGUCUCAUCAGCUACCUGUUCAAGGAGAAAGGAUACAACAAGGAGCUGAGGCCCGUGCAGCGGCAGCAGGACGUUGUGGAGGUGUCUCUGGCUCUGACGCUCUCCAACCUCAUCUCUCUGAAAGAAGUAGACGAGACGCUGCUGACAAAUGUGUGGAUAGAACACACAUGGACUGACUACAGGCUCUCGUGGAACGCAUCGGAGUUCGACGGCAUCCAGAUGCUUCGUCUUCCGUCCAGCAUGGUGUGGCUGCCAGAGAUCGUUCUGGAAAACAACAACGACGCCCAGUUCGAGGUGGCCUACUACUGUAAUGUUCUGGUGGAUGCUGCUGGGCUCUGCUACUGGUUACCUCCUGCCAUCUUCCGCUCCUCCUGCUCCAUCAACGUGAACUUCUUCCCCUUCGACUGGCAGAACUGCACGCUCAAAUUCACCUCUCUGACCUACAACGCUAAAGAGAUCAAGAUGAUGCUGAAGCAAGAUGGGAACGGAACACACAAUCACACGGUGGAGUGGAUCGUCAUCGACCCGGAGAGCUUCACAGAGAACGGCGAGUGGGAGAUCAUCCACCGACCGGCCAAGAAGAACAUCUACAAGCACAUUCCCAUGGAGAGCAACAAGCACCAGGACAUCACCUUCUACCUGGUCAUCAAACGCAAACCUCUCUUCUACAUCGUCAACAUCAUCAUCCCCUGUGUGCUCAUCUCCUUCAUGGCCUCGCUGGUCUACUACCUACCAGCUGACAGUGGUGAGAAGAUGACGUUGUCCAUCUCUGUGCUGCUGGCCCAGUCCGUCUUCCUGCUGCUGAUCUCCCAGAGGCUCCCGGAGACGUCCAUGUCCGUUCCACUCAUAGUCAAGUAUCUGAUGUUCAUCAUGGUGCUCGUCACCGUGGUCGUGUUGAACUGUGUCAUCGUCCUCAACCUUCACUUCAGGACACCGAGCACACACGUCAUGACUGACUGGACCAAGAGGUUCUUCCUGGAACGGUUACCUCGGAUCCUACGAAUGUCCCAUCCUGCUGAAGAUGAGCCGAUGAUGGAUGGCGCGUUGCCACGGCGAUCCAGUUCAGUGGGUUACAUUGCCACGGCCGAGGAGUACUACAGCAUCAAGUCCCGCAGCGAGCUGAUGUUUGAGAAGCAGUCAGAAAGACACGGAUUUAAUAAACGGACCGCUCACGCCGCAGUGGUGAAACCACAGGAAGAAGAUGGAGAGACAGAGCAGCUGUAUGGAGAGAUCAAACCAGCUGUAGAUGGAGCGAACUACAUCAUCAAACACAUGAGGAACAAGAACGACUACAACGAGGAGAAAGACAACUGGAGCGGCAUCGCUCGGACGGUGGACAGACUCUGCUUCUUCCUCAUCACUCCGGUGAUGACCUUAGGCACCAUCGUCAUCUUCCUCAUGGGAAUCUGUAACCACCCCCCCCACCUGCCCUUCAAAGGAGACCCACACGACUACUCGGACGAGAACGCGCGGCUGCUGUAACAGUCACACUCAGCAGCGGCUCUUCAGGAUCAUUUCUGCUGCUUCUGAUCUCAGUUCUGUGUUUUCUCAGGCAUGCGGGCACAAGUUACAACAUCAGCUUCAAGUGAAAAUCUACAAAUGAAAACAGGACUUUUCUGUUUCGUCUCCCACCCCAGAAGCUUCCUUGGUCCUAAAGCUUGGGUUGGGAGUAGGAGGAGGUUAUAAGGUCACAGGUGAGGCCGUUGUUGUUACUGAAGGACCAUCAUGAUCACUCGAGUCUGGUUUAGAACUGAAGAAGCUUCUUGGAUGAGAGGAGAAACAAGAAACGUUGUUUUCAGUGAAACUUUCUAGAUUGUCGCCUGAAGCUGAUGUCAUGCCCUGGCCGACUCACACCCCACACAAACCUAAAGUCAUGAGUCAUAACUUCAUCUGUGUGCUGCUGCUUUACUCUUCAACGCUUAGACGGGGCUGUUGGUCUCCUCAUUUCUACAGUGUCUUAUAGAAAACCCAUGCGUCAUCAUUAUUAUGAACAUUUGAAUGCUUUUGGGUCAGAUUUUUUACUCGCUGGGUUAAAGAACACUGAUUUAGUUACUUAUGCCUCAUAUUGUUUCUACGAGGAAAUAAACUGAACAAGUUGUUUCACAAAUUGACUUUAUUUAGUUGAAAAUGUAAGAAGACACCAGAAUGACUUCAUAUUAAUGCUAGAAUUAACGCUGUGACGUAAACAGCUGUAAAGGUGUUUUCGGACUCCAGGAAUCCACGUUUGACCUCUGAGAUCCAGGGGCGCCUCCAGAAAAUUUUGAUGGGGUGGCCAGAUGGGGCCAAAGAAACUUUUGGGGUGGCACACCAAAUUGGUCCUUGUGGUAACGCUGGGAGACUGAAGCCUGUGGCGAUGUGCUGCCUUAUUUUAUAUUUAUUAAAAUAACAGUAUGUAUCCAAACAUUUAACUUAAACUUUACAAACACAAACAUUUUAGAAAAUAACAUGUCAGUUAUUUAAAAUGUUACCCCUCAUUUACUUUAAAAAUGUUUAUUUUUUAGGUUUGUUCACCUGUUGCUGUGUUAAAAAAACUAUGGUGAUAAAAACUUUUUUUAAAUGGUGAGCAGCAGAAACGUGUGUUGUUUUAAGUUCUGAUUAUUUCUUUACUCGUUAAUUGUAAUUCUAUUUUGUUUUACAAUUAUGUCUUUAAUAAACAAGACCAAAAUAUGGUCUGACUGAACAUUAAUAUGAUUUGUUAACACUGGCCACCCCUGGGGGGGGCAAUUUUCUAGGGAUUGCCACCCCUGGGGGGCGCCCUUGCUGAGAUCAGCCACUAGCUGUAAACCAGGAGGGACGUCAGGUUUUAGGCUUGUGAGUGAUUCCGAGUGGCCCUGAUGUUUCGUUGCACUUUAGGGAAAAACAUUUAAAAAAGGUUCCUUUUCUUUCAGAACAUUUAAUUUAGUCAUUUAUUAGGAAACGGUCACCGAGCUGCUCUUGUUUCUUUGAUUUUGUUGUUUUUUCUCUUAACAGGCCUUUUUUCAGACUUGCUCCUCAAGCAUCAAGUUUUACUAAAUAAAAUAUUUUUUUCACCUU